GGGAAGUGAAGAAGACAGUCAGUGAUCCCACAGAGAGGGAGAAGACAGUGUCAACCAGCUCUCAGUUUCGAGUAAGAUAUGCAUCGGAAAUCUACAACUCUCCCCAUGUGGACGGCGGCAAUUCUGAGUUUGGCGGGCGUGAUGGGCGUGAUGGGUGUCCCCAACAGGGUUUCUAGACAAGCCAUCGAUACGUCUAAGAUCCCUGACGAUCAGUUUCUGUGCCUGCUCGAGGGGAAUUGCAACUUGAACCCGCAGCCUCCUUCGUCGAGCUGUACCUGCGUCAAGUGGUGGAAUUGCAGAGACGUUCCGCGCGGCAACGAGGGCGGAAUUGUAGCGGUGGUAGACGUCAGACUCGACGCCGCGUGCCCCAACGACGCCAACGACAUCUGUUGCGACAACGUGGUGGAAACACAGCCCCCGACGGUGCCGACGGUGCAGCCGACGCAGAACACCGGCUGCGGGAGGAGGAACGAGCAAGGCGUCGUCGUGAACUUCAAAGGAUUUUCGGACCGCCAGGCCCAGUUCGGGGAAUUCCCCUGGAUGGCCGCGGUAAUGCGGCAGGGGAGAACCAGCGUCCCUGAGUAUGUGUGCGGAGGGUCGCUGGUUCACCCGCGUGUCAUCCUCACCGUUGCUCAUCACGUACGCAGCGAGGUCGCCGGGAACCUCAUAGUCCGGCUGGGCGAGUGGGACUUCCAGAAUCCCUCAGAGCCGAUCCCUCACCAGGACAUCCGUGUGAGCCGCAUCAUCCUGCACCCGCAGUACGUCCCCGGAGAUCAUUACAACGACGUCGCACUCCUCCUGCUGGCUGAUGAAGCCGUGCUUGGGUCCACCGUUGGCACCAUCUGCGUCCCGCCGCCGUCCCAGUCCUUCGACGGGGCUCGGUGCUUCAGCUCAGGAUGGGGCAAGGACAUCUUCGGCAACCAGGGGCGGUACCAGCAGAUCCUGAAGUCUAUCGAUCUGCCAAUGGUGAGGAACGAUCAGUGCGAGCGAGCGCUGAAGACGAGUCCUCGCCUGAGUCCCAACUUCUUCCUGCACCCGUCCUUCGUGUGCGCCGGAGGGGAGCCCAAUAAGGACGUCUGCACCGGCGACGGAGGUUCCCCGUUGGUUUGCCCAAUGCCGGGAGAUCCCACGCGUUAUGUCCAGGCUGGCAUCGUAGCGUGGGGCCUCGGGUGCGGGCAGGCCGGCAUGCCUGGAGUCUACGCGUCCGUGAGCCAAGCAUCUGAAUGGAUUAGCAGAACCAUUCAGCAAACCACGGGAUUCGACUUGAGGGUUGGGAAAUAAGGAACUCCCCUGCCGUUUUUUUUGUUUUACGUGUUCCUUAUUCCGUAUUUAUUGCUUUUUAUAUUCCAUCCUUCGAUUGCGUAAUGAUGAAGCGCUUCUCAUUAUUACUUUUUCCUUAUUGAUAUGUAUCUGCGCUGUUGUUGUUUUUCUGUAUUCAUCAUUCUUUGCUGUUUCUACUUUCUUUGGGGAAGUAAGAAACUGUCUGCUCUUACCCCUUACUCCUUUUUUCAUAUUUCUGUUUUUUUAUGAAGUAAGGGCCACUUCCCCUACUGGUGCUCUUUAAUCCUUUUCGCUUGCAUACACCUUAAUUUUGGGACAAAAAGAACUUUCUCUUUUUACUUUUAACUUCUUGAUAAAUUUGUUUUAUAUAUAUUUUUUUACUCCUUUGCAUUCCCUUUACUGCAAUUUCAUAGGCUGACUUUCUUCCUUGCAUACAUAUGUCACCUUAUCAAUAAGCUCUCUGAAUUAAUUAUUUCUAAUCAGUAGAUACAAGAAAUCCACAUGUUAAUCGUGUGUUUUUUAAGCGUUAAUCGAUGAUCUCUGAGUUGAAAAAUGCGAAUUUAUCAUCCUCUUUAGAAUGAAUGCAACUUGUAUGAAUUUGACACGAAUAUCGGAAAGGUAUACAGUAUAUCUGUUAUGAAAAGAAUAAUAUUCAAUAUCAAACGCAUUCAUAUAUGCUGGUAAAACAACAUACUGUGCGUUUAUGUUUUAUUUGCUGUAUACAUUUUGUUAUUCAUAGUAAUGUUUGUAAUAACUGUUUCUGUGUCUCUUUUCACUUUGUCUUUCUACAAACAUACAC